UUGGGGAAAAUGCGAAUGUAGGUUGGCGACACUGGGCUUUUCGAUUUUUGUAAAAUGUAGUUUGUAAAUGUUUUCGGGCUGACUUCUACGGUAUUUGCUAAUCAGACAUGUAUUGGUGGCUCAUGUUCGCAACACUUAGGGUGGCUUUAGUGUUUGUACCUCAAACGGGCUAUAUUCAUCCAGACGAAUUCUUCCAGACGACAGAAGUCGCGUCGGGUGACAUAUUUGGACUCAAGAUUUACCGCUCGUGGGAGUUCACUGACAAGAAUCCGCUGCGAAGUGCUGCUGUCAUUCAUCUUAUCUAUGGGCCGCCUUUGUUCCUCCUCCGUCUUUUGGUGGGUUCGUCACCGUCCCCCUACCUGCUGCUUGUCUUCCCAAGAUUCUUCGUCUGCUUGUUGUCAUUCGUCUGCGACUAUGUUCUGUACCGCACCAGCAAAGGACGAGCCGACGGCAGCCAUCGCUGCCUGCUUCAGCUUGCGACAUCUUACGUUGUAGUUGUUUUUCAUACCAGAACGUUCAGCAAUUCCGUCGAGUCCUGUCUUUUGGCGUUACUCUUUCUUUUAGUCAAUUCGAAAAGUGCGUUGUUGCUGUCUGCCGUACUUGUGUUUGGUUUCUUCAACCGACCAACGUUUCUUAUUUGGGCUUUCCCCGUCGUAGUUCCCUGGCUAGCAAAAAAGAAACGCCUUCUAGCUCUACUCCCAACUUGCAUCUGCUUUACGAUAGCAUUUAUAUUAGCCGAUACCCUUUAUUAUAGGCCAGAAUCAUUCGCAAAGAUAUUUGUCUCUCCUCUUUCUAUUAAGUUACCAACGGAUGUAGUCAUCACCCCACUAAACUUCAUCCUGUACAAUCUGAACAGCUCCAACCUCGAGUCUCACGGCGUGCACCCACGCUGGUUGCACAUCAUUGUUAAUGUGCCAGCGCUCUUUAAUGUAGCUGGAGUUGUUUCAAUUUGGACUGCGAUCAGGAUUUUAUUCAGUGCAUCCAAAUGCACUGAUGCCACUGACAGAACUGCAGCACAAACCCUCCUCUUUUCCCUGGCUGUUUUCUCCAUCUUCUGUCACCAGGAAGCUCGUUUUCUGGUUCCCCUCACAGUCCCCGUAACUCUUCUGAGUUACCGCGUUCUUACCUUCAACAAGCUGUUCACUCUAGUUUGGGCCUUGGCCAACAUAGUUUGUCUAGUGUUUUUCGGUUUCAUACAUCAGGGUGGCGUGGUGCCAUGCAUGAUGAAACUCCACUCGACGUGCCAUACCCAUGAAUGUCAGCCAGGGCACGUUAUCUUCACGCAGACCUACAUGCCCCCUCGUCACCUCUUGAGCGUUCCGAGUGCCUGCGGGGAAUUCGUUGUGACAGACCUUGGUGGGAAGUUGCCGUCGGAGUCGUUACUUUUAAGCGUACCAAAGACAAUUUUGGUGGCUCCGUCGUGGGUGCAAAGUGAGAGAAUGCGAAAGUUGUUUGAAUGCGCUCCACACUGGAGUGGAGAGCACUCAUCGAACAAUGUACUCCAGCUGUACAGCUUACAGGUGCUAGAAGUGGAGCCAGAAUCAAGUUUGCAUAAUAAAACAACUGCAAGGAAGACAUUGUAACACAUUCUUAUGGUCGCUGUUCAUUUUAAUUCCGUCUGUCCACAAACUCGUGCAAGGGUGCAUUUAGGGUGCACAAGUAAUGAUAAUCUAUCAAAUAUUGGGGUGCUUGGAGAAACAGCAACGACAGAAGUGUAUGAUUUAACUAUUGUAUGUGUUUUUUGGAUGUUUUGACAGAUGUACAAACUAGGUGGCGAUCAUGGUCUGUUUCCCAGUGUUGUACUCAUUACCAAAAAAAAGGUAACAUGAUACGAUACGUGCUACCUAAGAACAAAGUAAUGAAAUCCCGAUGUCGACACAUUCAUAAAAGUAACUGAAAACCACUACCAUUACCAAUAAAAGGUAACGCGAAA